AUGACACACAAUACUGGGCUCUCCUCUCGUACCAAAAUUGCCUUUCUAGCAGAUGAGGCAACAAUUAGUGGAUUUAGCCUCACAGGAAUCAAUGGAUCUGAGUGGGCAUGCCAGUCCGUACAUGGGGUGUUUAACUAUUUUCAUGUGGUGUCUGAAAAUACUGAGCCUGCUGAGGUAAUAUCUAAAUACAGUAUAUUCAUAGAAAGAAAAGAAAUAGCAAUUAUAUUUCUCGGAAGAAAGGCUGCAGAUGUCUUGAAGGAAGAGAUUUCAAAAAGAAAAGAGAUGUUUCCAUUGAUAAUGGAGAUUCCUUCCAAAAACACUGCACCAAGUAUAACUGAAAUAAAAUUAAUGAAGAGGCUAAAGGAGCUCUCAGUGGCAAAUACAAAAUAA